AUGUCUCGAACACGCCAGCCUCAGAAUCCUCAACAAACGUCCACCGAGGCGCAUGAACCAUCAGUCGCUAUUCCUACAACCCUCCGAUUACGAGCAGAAGAAGCACCCGAAGCAACCUCCUCAUCGAGGCGCAUAAGAUGGAGUGAAGAUGUUGUUGAUAACGAGGGCAUGGGCAAAAAGAGCUCUAAAGUAUGCUGUAUCUACCACAAAGCCCGACCAGUCGGAGAAAGCAGCUCAGAGGAAUCCUCCAGCUCCUCAGACAGCGACAGCGACAGCGAAGACGAUCGUCGCACAGCCAGGAUGAAAGCCCGUCGCACACGCGAUCCCCACAAUCACGACCACGACCACGACCACGAACAUGACAAAGACUGCUCGAAUGACCACGAGCACCCCAAACCCAAGAAGGCGAAGCGGAAGCCGAGCCCAAAUGCAUAUGAGAAAAUGCCCAAGCCUUCGAAGAACCACGAUCCACGACGUGGCUUUUGA